AGGAGAAGAGAGAGAGAGAGAGAGGGAACGGCCCAACUCCGACAGAAGAGCUCUAGACCGUUUAAUUACAGCACACUUAAAUACUGCUUGGCUUUUUUCUUCUGUCUUCAAGGACUGCCCUUUUUUUUACAUAUAUAUCCCAGUGAGCGAUCCCCUGCGUUCCUCCUGCCAGUCUUUCUGGAAUAUCUGAGCUAGUGUGGCAGAGAGCACUUGGUACAGCACAGUAAAUCACAGGGAUGUCCUCCAGAGGGCCCAGGUUACAAGCAAACAUCUCUGCCCUCCUCUGAGUCUAUCCCAGUGGCUGUGUGUGACUGGAAGCCAGCUGGGAGUGAGCCCUCGCUGCUGUCAGAGUUUUAGUUAUUCUCUGAAAUAUUGCUCAUUUGUCAGACGGGUGACGACGGCUUUUUUUUUUUCCCUGGUGGAAAGAGAGGGAGGGGAGGCGAGGUAGCUGAAGAUACUUCGCUGACCAAGUAGCUGAGCCGACUCCAUUUAGAGUUUCUUUUUUCCCCCUUCUUCCUUGUCUCGGUUGAGCCAAAAAGUCUUCUCUCUGCCACCAUGGAGAUGGAACGACUGGGGAAUCCUGGGCCCAAGGCGGCCCCGAAGUCCAACAAGCUGCUAAAGGCAAUGCUGGCCGUCUUCGUGUGCCUGUCUCUGGUCCUGCUGGCUGUGAUCAUCCUCGCGUCUCGAGGCUCAAUAAACCUUCAAUCUGAAGAGUACUGCUCGACACUGGAGUGCAUUGAAGCUGCGGGCUCCAUUAUCAGCAAGAUGGACACCUCAGUCCCACCCUGUGCUGACUUCUACCAGUAUGCCUGCGGUGGGUGGCUGCACGACAACACUAUCCCAGAGGACUCCUCCAGCUACGGGAUUUACCCCUGGCUCAGGCAGAACGUCGACAUCAAGCUGAAAGAGCUGCUGGAGAAACCCAUAGACCCGAGAGAAAUCGAAGCUAUACGCAAAGCGAAGGUGCUGUAUCGCUCUUGCAUGAAUGAAACGGCGAUCGAGAUGGAGGACGCCAAGCCCCUGCUGGCCCUGCUGAGGCGGUCGGAGCUGCGCUGGCCGGUCCUGGGGGGCAGCCUGGGGCCGCAGUGGCAGUGGGAGGAGAGGCGCUUCAGCCUGGCGGACACGCUGGCGCUGCUCCGGGGCCAGCACAGCAAGUCAGUGCUGCUACGCAUGUACGUGGCCCCUGACGACAAGAACUCCAACCAGUACAUUAUAAAGCUGGACCAGGCUUCCCUGUCCUUGUCCUCGAGGGAGGACUACAUCACCAACACCACGGAGGCUGAACUGUACCGCCAGGCCCUGCUCAAGCUGAUGACUGACGUUGCUGUCAUGUUGGGAGCCAAUCAGUACGAUGCCGCGACACAGAUGAAGGACGUCCUUGAGUUUGAGAUCAAGCUGGCGGAGAUCCUAAUCCCGUUUGAGAACAGAACCAGCGAGGCCAUGUACAACAAGUACAGUCUCUCCCGGCUACAGAGAACAGUCCCACAGUUCAACUGGCUGGAGUAUAUCAAAGCAGUGGUGGACACCAGGCUGUACCCUGAACUCAGGAGCCUGACUUCAUCUGAGCAAGUGAUUGUGCGCGUGCCCCAGUAUUUCAAAGACCUCUUCAAGCUGCUGGAGACCACAGACAAAAGGACUGUUGCUAACUACAUCAUGUGGGCAACUGUCUACUCCAGGAUAACAACCCUCAGCAGACGGUUCCUCUACAGAUAUCUGGAUUUCGCCAGGGUGACCACUGGGACUACUUCUUUAACGCCACGCUGGGACAAGUGUGUGAAUUAUGUGGAAAGCACUCUUAUAUAUGCCACUGGCCGAAUGUUUGUGGAUGAGCAUUUUCAAGAAGACAAGAAACUCAUGAUGGAGGAGCUGACGGAGGGGAUCCGCUGGGCUUUCAUUGACAUGCUGGAGAAAGAGAAUGACUGGAUGGACAGGGAGACGAAGAAUAAAGCUAAAGAAAAGGCUUAUGCAGUCCUGGCAAAAGUCGGCUACCCGGAUUUCAUCAUGAACAACACCUACAUCAACGAAGACCUCAAGAUGCUGGAAUUUUCCGAGAAAGACUACUUUGGGAACGUGCUGCAGACUCUUCAGUACAUAGCGCAGUCCGACAUUGGCUGGCUGCGCAAGAGCGUUCCCCGAACACAAUGGUUCACUAAUCCUACUACUGUGAAUGCCUUCUACAGCUCUACCACUAAUCAGAUUCGCUUCCCAGCUGGAGAGCUGCAGAAGCCUUUCUUCUGGGGUUUGAAGUAUCCUCGGUCCCUCAGCUACGGUGCUAUUGGAGUCAUCGUUGGGCACGAGCUCACACAUGGAUUUGAUAAUAAUGGGCGCAAGUAUGAUAAAGAUGGGAAUUUGGAUCAGUGGUGGACUGACGCAUCUACUGCCAAUUUCAACAAGAAGACGCAGUGCAUGGUGGAGCAGUACAAUGAUUACUACUGGAAGGAAGCUGGCAUGAAUGUGAGAGGCAAAAGAACUCUGGCAGAGAACAUAGCAGACAACGGGGGAAUUCGGCAAGCCUUCAGGGCCUACAGGAAGUGGGUCAACGAAGAGAGAUCUGGUAAGGAGGAGCCCCUGCUGCCUGGCGUGGGCCUUACAAACGACCAGCUCUUCUUCCUCAGCUAUGCACACGUCCGCUGCAACGCCUACAGGCGCGAGGCAGCCAGAGACCAGAUCCAGAGUGGUGCUCACAGCCCUCCAAAGUACAGAGUAAUUGGGGCGAUGAGUAACUAUGAGGAGUUCAGGAAAGCCUUCAACUGCCCAGAAACUUCUUUGAUGAACAGGGGCUCACGGUCCUGUCGAGUCUGGUAGCAUGCUGACUUCGCCAGCCAGCGACCACCAAAGCAACUCGGACAACUACCUUAGAAUUUCACUCAGCAACGAAGUGAACUUCCCGAGCAAAUGUCUUGAUUUUAAAAUCUUGGUUAUGACCUUAGGCACUUGUGUGCGUAACUAAUCUAAAAGAACAGGUCCAUAAACACUGUAGUGUAGUUUAGUGUUUUUUUCUAUGGGGUGUUGUACAUUUUAUCGUGGUUUCUGAUGGCAUGUCUUUAUUUUUAUUAUUUUUGUAUGCAAUGUCCAAAUUGUGUUGCUGCCAUUGAUAACAGAUUUUUUUUGCUGCAAUAAUGUGAUACAGGUCCUUCAUUUGUUGCAUUGAAAAUCUCUUUGUAAAUAUAUCCACCUGGUACAACUUACGGCUGGAAAUACAAACUAUAAAUAAAUCCAUUGAACAGUG